CAAGAAAACGAGUAAGUAAUCAAUAAUAUCCAUAUAAAGAUCCAACAAUGGAUUUCUGUACACAUUUUGUCUGGUCUGCUUCCUCAACGCUUCCUCCACCCCACCCACUACCCCUACCCACCCCCCCUCUAUUACACACUCAGGUGUCUGAACGCGACAACAUAACGAAUCGCACUCUUUUAUGCGCGUGUUAAACAUUUCUUCCAGAUCCAAACACAACUAAUAAUACGUUAAAUUAUAAGAUCAGAUCUGCCCACAAGAUUCUAUCAAUUGGUUUCCACAAUGAUAUGAUAUUAGGGUUCUUAGUGAUCCAGUUCAAUUGGGUUCUUUUUUGGGUAUUUUAACCUUGAACUGUAGGAAAAAUGGUUAAUUUGUUAUGGUUACUAGAAGAUUUUGAGUUUAUUUGAAGUGGGUUUGUGGGAAAAUUGGGAAUUUGGUGGAGGUGAAGGUUGCUUAUGCUAAUGCCUACCAAGUGUUCGACGAAAUUCCGCUGAGGAUUUAAGGGCUUUUUGUGUUUGGUGUUAAGAAGAAAAAUGGCAACACCAGUUGAACCACCAAACGGUGUCGGAACAGAAGGAAAGCACUAUUUUUCUAUGUGGCAGGCGUUGUUCGAAAUCGAUACCAAAUACGUACCCAUCAAGCCCAUUGGCCGAGGUGCUUAUGGAAUAGUUUGCUCGUCUGUUAACCGUGAAACGAACGAAAAGGUUGCGAUAAAGAAGAUUCAUAACGCGUUUGAUAACCGUAUUGAUGCUCUAAGGACUUUACGUGAACUUAAACUUCUUCGUCAUCUUAGACAUGAAAAUGUUAUUGCUUUAAAAGACGUCAUGGUGCCGGUCCACAGAAGAAGUUUUAGAGAUGUUUAUUUGGUUUAUGAGCUUAUGGAUACCGAUUUGCAUCAGAUUAUUAAAUCAUCGCAGGCGCUUACAAAUGAUCACUGCCAGUAUUUCCUCUUUCAGUUGUUGCGCGGGCUUAAGUAUCUCCACUCAGCAAACAUUCUCCACCGUGACUUAAAGCCCGGAAACUUACUCAUAAACGCAAAUUGCGACCUAAAAAUAUGUGAUUUCGGGCUUGCACGAACCAGAAGCGGUAAAGAUCAGUUCAUGACAGAGUACGUGGUGACCCGUUGGUACCGGGCCCCAGAGCUUCUUCUAUGCUGUGACGAUUACGGUACCUCAAUUGACGUUUGGUCUGUCGGGUGCAUCUUCGCUGAACUUCUCGGUAGAAAACCGUUGUUUCCCGGUACAGAAUGUCUUAACCAAUUACGAUUAAUUAUAAACAUUCUCGGAAGCCAACGAGAAGAGGAGAUCGAGUUUAUUGACAACCCGAAAGCUAGAAAGUUCAUAAAGUCGUUACCGUUUACACAAGGGACUCCGUUUUCUCGACUGUAUCCUCACGCGCAUCCGUUAGCGGCUGAUUUAUUGCAAAAGAUGCUCGUUUUUGAUCCUUCGAAGAGAAUUAGUGUGACGGAAGCACUUAACCAUCCUUACAUGUCGUCACUUUACGACCCGAGAUGUGAUCCACCCGUUCACGCUCCAUUGGAUAUGGAUAUAGAUGAGGAUUUAGGGGAAGACGUGAUAAGAGAAAUGAUGUGGAAAGAGAUGCUUCAUUAUCAUCCCGAAGUCGCUGCUACCUCUGAAUGAUAGGUAAUAUUUCUCGGUUUCUCACUACCAUUGGAUUUUCAUGUUUGGACUAUCUUUUUAUUUGGUCUUUCAGUCUAAUAAGUACCAUAAAUGUAUUAUGUUUUAUAAACAAUUUGAUUCGACGAGCUUGUUAUCGGCUCUGUUGUAUAUACGCGUGUUGUUGUUGUUUUACUGACUCUCUUUCAUCCAAGAGUAAUGCUGCUUCUUGGAUUUUUGUCAUUGUUGUACCUGUAAACUAGUUAUGGAUACUUGAGGAUGAUUUAAUGCUUGUUAUUCGCAAUAAUGCUCUGAA